CUGCCCGGGCCAGGAGCGUCCACCUUGGCCUCCGCUCCGGCUCCCGCCUGGGGCCAAGCAAGAUGGACUUCUCGUUGGCUGACGCACUCAACUCGGAGUUCAGGGAGACGCGCACCAACGAGAAGGUGGAGAUGAUGGAGCUCAAUGACCGCUUCGCCAGCUACAUUGAGAAGGUCCGGCUCCUGGAGCAGCAGAACAAGGUGCUGGUGGUGGAGCUCAAUCAGGCGCGGGACCAGGAGCCUUCGCGGCUGGCCGAUGUCUACCAGGAGGAGCUGCGCGACCUGCGGCGCCAUGUGGAGCAGCUCGCCACCGCCAAGGCCCGCCUGGAGAUCGAGCGGGACAACCUUGCUGAGGACCUCGGUGGCCUCCGGCAAAAGCUCCAGGACGAGGUGACCCUGCGGCUGGAGGCCGAGAGCACCCUGGCUGCCUACAGGCAGGACGUCGACGCUGCCGCAUUGGCUCGCCUGGACCUGGAGCGCAGGGUCGGCUCCCUGCAGGAGGAGAUCACCUUCCUGAGGAAGGUCCACGAUGAGGAGCUGCGGGAGCUGCAGGAGCAGCUGGCCCAGCACCAGGUGCACAUUGAGAUGGAUGUGAGCAAGCCAGACCUGACGGCGGCCCUGCGGGAGAUCCGCACGCAGUACGAGACCAUGGCUGCCAGCAACAUGCAGGAGACCGAGGAGUGGUACAAGUCCAAGUUUGCAGACCUGACGGAUGCGGCAGCCCGGCACGCGGAGGCCCUGCGCCUGGCCAAGCAGGAGGCCAAUGACUACAGGCGCCAGCUCCAGGCCCUCACCUGUGACCUGGAGGCUCUGCGGGGCUCGAACGAAUCCCUGGAGAGGCAGCUGCGGGAGAUGGAGGACCGCUAUGCCCUGGAGACGGCUGGCUACCAGGACACGGUCAUGCGGCUGGAGGAGGACAUCCGCAGCCUCAAGGAGGAGAUGGCGCGGCACCUGCAGGAGUACCAGGACCUGCUCAACGUCAAGCUGGCCCUGGACAUUGAGAUCGCCACAUACCGCAAGCUGCUGGAGGGCGAGGAGAGCAGGAUUACCAUCCCCGUGCAGACCUUCUCCAACCUGCAGAUCCGAGAGACCAGCCUGGACACUAAAUCUGUGUCGGAAGCUCACCUGAAGAGGAGCAUUGUGGUCAAAACUGUGGAGACCAGAGAUGGAGAGGUGAUCAAGGAGUCCAAGCAGGAGCACAAGGAGGUGGCAUAGGCUGGGGAAGAUGCAGGCGCACGCUAGCAGCAGAUGCAUGCUUGUAGCUGUAGCUCUGUAGGUCCUGGCUGCUGUCCUGCGCCCAGCUGCUGCAAGGGAGCCCUGUGGCCGGGCAUGGGUCGUUGCCUCCACAGCCCGACUGGAGGAGCUGGCAUCUGAGAUGUGGUUGUGCUUUGUCCAGGACAUCUCUCCCUGGGCCACGGGGACCCCACUGACGUGCGCUCCCCACGCAGGGGGCCGGCAAAGCACCCUGGCUGGCCAGGCACUGUGCAGGGAGGAUACUGGCGUUAUGGGGCAGAGGCAAGUGGUACCCAGGCAGAGCCAAGCUCUUCUCCUGGGAUGCUGUCAUGUUUCCACGGCAUGGAGGGGCCAGGAUUUUGGAGGAGCGGGGUUUUGGAGGGGCUGUGCCAGCAUUUGCCUUGGGUAUCUGGUUUGGCUGAUGUCCAGGGAGGGAGCAUGUCCUGUUUCGGUCUCUAUGCACUCAACAAGCAAGAUGAUGGGAGAAAGAGCAUCUCUCCCUGCAUCCCGCCUUGCUGCCCACCUCUGCUCUGGGAGGCCACCCCCAGUCUCCUCGCUGUGUCCAGGCCCUGAGCAUCAUGGGGCGGGGGGUUGAGGAGAUGAGGUAUCAGCUGGCGAGGGACCUUUCCCCAUCACUGAACAUCAAGCUUAGCUGAGAAGAGAAAGGGGAUGAUGGAGCUGCACAGGGGACACAUGGUGCUGUCAGGAUGCUGCAAAGUGACAAUGAAAUUGGGAGGGGGCUGGGGGACUGGGGACUCUGGGUUGUCAAGGGUGGUUCGAGGAUCUGGAAUCAUGAUGGGCAUGGCCACGGGGGGCACAAUGGGAUGGGGUGGCUGCGGUGGCAUUCUGUAGCAUGGAGCUGCAUAAUCCCAGUGGAGUGGCCACCACCAAGAUGCCCCCAUCACCAUGAUGGGAAAAAUAGUCCCCAGGGGCUGAUGGGAAGUGAUCAUGCAGCACCAUGUGCCUGGCCCCUCGCUGCGGGGGUUCGUGCAGGUGCAAAUGAAGAGGAGGAAAGUGAAAGGCAGAGAAAGGAGGAUGAGGAAGAGGAGGAGGAGGGUGUCUGGGCACUAGUGGAUGCUCUCAUCUGGGUCCCUGAGACCCGCAUUGAAGGUGACUUCUUCCUACAAAGCCUUGGAGCUGGCCAAACUGCCGAACGGGUGCAGGGAAGAGGGAUGCAAGGUCUGAGCCGGGCUGGGGCGCUCAGCGCUCUCCCCAGUGUCCUGGCCCCUGCGCUCCUGCCACAAGCUGGCUCUCAGGAGCAGGAGGUGCUGGAGGAGGAAAGCUGGAGCCAUCUUCAUCUUAUCCCAUCUGGGCUUGCAGUACAAGUCCCACUGUCGCCAUCUCACCGUGGCGAGCCAGGGGAUAGGGACCUAGCUCUGCAUGAGCUGCAAUCCCUUUCGUGUGCAGAGCCCUGAGCCCAGCUCCCCACGCAGGUGCACAAAACAGGACUGGGAAGAAAUCCCUUGUCCCUGGGGCUUGUGUGGCCCUGUCCUCCCCCCAUCCUUGCUCCCCCUAUCUGCACCAGCACACACCACUGGCCCAUCCAGGGCUGCAGCCCAGCCCAGAGCAGCUCUGCAGGGUGCCAGGGCUCACUGGCAGCCCUCCAUCCCCUCCUCAGAUUUAGCUACUGAUUGCAAGCAAAACCUGCCCUGCUUUUCAGCUACGCUGCCUGAGCCACCUAAUGUAGAAGCAAUGACCCAGCGGUGCUCCCCUUACCCUGUAAGCCCCUAGCAAUGAGCACAUGGGAUGCUAUUAGGAUGCCAUCCUGCUUGUCCCUCUUGUCCUGCAGCUCAGGCACUGAGCGUGCUUUGCAGAUACUAAUCCCGGGAGGCUCAUGCCUGGAUGCAAGCUAUGUUACUGGGGGAGACCUAGGUCCUGCCUGGGUUUGGCAUCUGGGGUCAGCCUCACUUAAGGGUGUCCUGCAAGUGCCCUGCGGGCACUACUCACUGUCAUGGGGUCCCCACAAUGGCCAGCCCCGUGGUCAGGCCGGGGACCACCCCAGGCGAGGGUGCCAAGCCGGUCCUCUGUGUCCUGCAUCCUGGGAUGAUCCAGGCUGCACACAAGCAGCCUCUGGCUGGAGCGUUUGCAGUCUAUGUUGCUACUGAAGCAAUGUACUAAUGUCCGUGGCAGCAUGACAUGAGAAAUAAAGCUAACGCAAGUGCUGUGCUUCGA